GUUCGCCACAGCUAAACCGAUUGAAUGAUCUUUCUUUGUUUAUUUUUUUCUACAGGGUCGUCAUGUCAAAACGGGCCAGCUUGCAGCCAUUAAGGUUAUGGAUGUCACAGGGGAUGAAGAGGAAGAAAUCAAACAGGAAAUUAACAUGUUGAAGAAAUAUUCUCAUCACAGGAACAUUGCUACAUACUACGGUGCUUUCAUAAAAAAGAACCCUCCAGGCAUGGAUGACCAACUCUGGUUGGUGAUGGAGUUCUGUGGUGCUGGCUCUGUCACAGACCUGAUCAAGAACACGAAAGGCAACACAUUAAAAGAAGAAUGGAUUGCAUACAUUUGCAGGGAGAUCUUACGGGGCCUGAGUCACCUGCACCAGCACAAAGUGAUUCAUCGAGAUAUUAAAGGGCAGAACGUCUUGCUGACUGAAAAUGCAGAAGUUAAGCUAGUGGACUUUGGAGUCAGUGCGCAGCUUGACCGCACAGUGGGCAGGAGGAACACGUUCAUUGGGACCCCAUACUGGAUGGCACCAGAAGUUAUUGCUUGUGAUGAGAACCCAGAUGCCACAUAUGAUUUCAAGAGUGACUUGUGGUCUUUGGGAAUCACCGCCAUUGAGAUGGCAGAAGGUGCCCCCCCCCUCUGUGACAUGCAUCCCAUGAGAGCCCUCUUCCUCAUCCCCCGGAACCCUGCGCCUCGCCUCAAGUCUAAGAAGUGGUCCAAAAAGUUCCAGUCUUUUAUUGAGAGCUGCUUGGUGAAGAACCACAGCCAGCGGCCGGCCACGGACCAGCUGAUGAAGCAUCCCUUCAUCCGCGACCAGCCUAACGAGAGGCAGGUCCGCAUCCAGCUGAAGGACCACAUCGACCGGACAAAGAAGAAGCGGGGAGAAAAAGAUGAGACUGAGUAUGAAUACAGCGGAAGCGAGGAGGAAGAGGAGGAGAACGACUCUGGGGAGCCCAGCUCCAUUCUGAACCUACCGGGGGAGUCAACACUUCGAAGAGACUUCCUGAGACUGCAGCUGGCCAACAAGGAGCGCUCAGAGGCCCUGCGGCGACAGCAGCUGGAGCAACAGCAGCGGGAGAAUGAAGAACACAAGCGGCAGCUGCUGGCCGAGCGCCAGAAGCGCAUUGAGGAGCAGAAGGAGCAAAGGCGGAGGCUGGAGGAGCAACAAAGGCGAGAAAAGGAGCUUCGGAAGCAGCAGGAACGGGAACAGCGCCGGCACUAUGAGGAACAGAUGCGCCGAGAGGAGGAGAGGAGGCGCGCCGAGCAUGAGCAGGAGUACAUCAGGCGACAGUUAGAGGAAGAGCAAAGACAGUUAGAAAUUUUACAGCAGCAGCUACUGCAUGAACAAGCUCUACUUCUGGAAUACAAGCGCAAGCAACUGGAAGAACAGAGACAAGCAGAGAGACUGCAGAGGCAGCUGAAGCAAGAGAGAGACUACCUGGUUUCUCUCCAGCACCAGCGGCAGGAGCAGAGGCCGCUGGAGAAGAAGCCACUGUACCACUACAAGGAAGGCAUGAGUCCCAGUGAGAAGCCCGCCUGGGCCAAGGAGGUAGAAGAACGCUCGAGACUCAACCGACAGAGUUCACCUGCCAUGCCUCACAAGGUUGCCAACAGGAUCUCUGACCCCAACCUGCCCCCAAGAUCAGAGUCCUUCAGCAUUAGCGGAGUGCAGCCUGCUCGGACACCCCCAAUGCUCAGACCUGUUGAUCCCCAGAUCCCACAGCUGGUAGCUGUAAAAUCCCAGGGACCAGCCUUGACUGCCUCCCAGUCAGUGCACGAGCAGCCCACACAGGGCCUGUCUGGGUUCCAGGAGGCUCUGAACGUGACCUCUCACCGGGUCGAGAUGCCCCGCCAGAACUCGGAUCCCACCUCGGAAAACCCUCCUCUCCCCACUCGCAUUGAGAAGUUUGACCGAAGCUCUUGGUUACGGCAGGAAGAAGACAUUCCACCAAAGGUGCCUCAAAGAACAACUUCUAUAUCCCCAGCACUAGCCAGAAAGAACUCCCCUGGGAACGGAAGUGCUCUGGGCCCCAGACUCGGAUCUCAGCCUAUCAGAGCAAGCAACCCUGAUCUCCGCAGAACAGAGCCUGUCCCGGAGAGUCCCUUGCAGAGGACCAGCAGUGGCAGUUCCUCCAGCUCCAGCACUCCCAGCUCCCAGCCCAGCUCCCAGGGAGGCUCUCAGCCUGGGUCACAAGCAGGAUCCAGCGAACGAACCAGAGUUCGAGCCAACAGUAAGUCCGAAGGAUCUCCCGUGCUUCCCCAUGAGCCUUCCAAGGUGAAGCCGGAAGAAUCCAGAGACAUCACGCGGCCCAGUCGGCCAGCGAGCUAUAAGAAAGCUAUAGAUGAGGAUCUGACGGCCUUAGCCAAAGAAUUAAGAGAACUCCGGAUCGAAGAAACAAACCGGCCACUGAAGAAAGUGACGGAUUACUCUUCGUCCAGUGAAGAGUCGGAGAGUAGUGAGGAAGAGGAGGAGGAUGGGGAGAGCGAGACGCACGAUGGGACAGUGGCUGUCAGUGACAUACCCAGACUAAUACCCACAGGUGCUCCAGGGAGCAGUGAGCAGUACCCCAUGGGAAUGGUUGGGACACACGGGCUGGAGACGUCUCAUGCGGACACCUUCGGCAGCAGUAUUUCCAGAGAAGGAACCUUGAUGAUGAGAGAGACGGCUGAAGAGAAGAAGCGAUCUGGCCACAGUGACAGUAAUGGCUUUGCUGGUCACAUCAAUCUCCCAGACCUUGUGCAGCAGAGCCACUCGCCAGCCGGCACUCCCACCGAGGGGCUGGGACGUGUCUCCACCCAUGCCCAGGAGAUGGACACUGGGGCUGAGUAUGGUAUAGGGAGCAGCACCAAAGCCUCCUUCACCCCCUUUGUGGACCCCAGAGUGUACCAGACAUCACCUACUGAUGAAGAUGAAGAGGAUGACGAGUCAUCCGCUGCUGCCCUGUUUACUAGCGAACUUCUUAGGCAAGAACAGGCCAAACUCAAUGAAGCGAGGAAGAUUUCAGUGGUAAAUGUGAACCCAACAAACAUUCGCCCUCAUAGCGACACGCCGGAAAUCAGAAAAUACAAGAAGCGCUUCAACUCAGAAAUACUCUGUGCUGCUCUAUGGGGUGUAAACCUUCUGGUGGGAACUGAAAACGGCCUGAUGCUUUUGGACAGAAGCGGCCAAGGCAAAGUCUACAACCUAAUCAACCGGAGGCGAUUUCAGCAGAUGGACGUGCUAGAGGGACUGAAUGUUCUUGUGACGAUAUCAGGAAAGAAGAAUAAGCUCCGUGUUUACUACCUGUCAUGGUUAAGAAACAGAAUACUGCACAAUGACCCGGAAGUGGAAAAGAAGCAAGGCUGGGUCACCGUCGGGGACUUGGAAGGCUGCAUACAUUACAAAGUCGUUAAGUAUGAAAGGAUCAAGUUCUUGGUCAUUGCCUUAAAGAAUGCAGUAGAGAUAUAUGCUUGGGCCCCUAAACCUUAUCACAAGUUCAUGGCAUUUAAGUCUUUUGCAGAUCUUCAGCAUAAGCCCCUACUUGUUGACCUCACAGUAGAAGAAGGUCAAAGGUUAAAGGUCAUUUUUGGCUCACACACUGGUUUCCAUGUAAUUGAUGUUGAUUCUGGAAACUCCUAUGAUAUCUAUAUACCAUCCCAUAUUCAGGGCAACAUCACUCCUCAUGCUAUUGUCAUCUUGCCUAAAACGGAUGGGAUGGAGAUGCUUGUCUGCUAUGAGGAUGAGGGGGUGUAUGUGAAUACCUACGGCCGGAUCACUAAGGAUGUGGUGCUCCAAUGGGGAGAGAUGCCCACAUCUGUGGCCUACAUUCAUUCCAAUCAGAUAAUGGGCUGGGGAGAGAAAGCUAUUGAGAUCCGGUCAGUGGAAACAGGACAUUUGGAUGGAGUAUUUAUGCAUAAGCGAGCUCAAAGGUUAAAGUUUCUAUGUGAAAGAAAUGAUAAGGUAUUUUUUGCAUCCGUGCGAUCUGGAGGAAGUAGCCAAGUGUUUUUCAUGACCCUCAACAGAAAUUCCAUGAUGAACUGGUAACGGAAGAGCACUUGGCACUUAUCUUCAUGGCGUUAUUUCUAAUGUAAAAGAGCCUAACUCAUGUGGACGUACGCCAGUCUAGAGGCAGAAUCAGAAGGCCUGGUUGAACAUACUGCUUUCCCCGUUUCCUCUCCCUCCGUCUCUCCCAAUAUGGUCCUUCUUUCAGUGUUGCAGCCUGGCUGAGAAGGAAAGAAAGGUGGCAGGAGUGUCCAGGAGAUGCCGAGGAUGCUGCAUUGUCUGUGGACAGAGAUGGACCGUGUGCCCUUUGGAGUUAGGGAUAGAAACAAAUACUGUGUGCCCUUAUGAUUAAGCUGUGUUUAUUGCUGGCUUUUCCAUUCUUUUGGCUUGGUUUUGGUUUUGUUUUU